AAACAACAAGCUUAAACGUCAAGGGAAAGCGAAUCCAUUGCAUUUUGCAUUGCAUUGAAAUUGAAGGUGUAUGCAUAUUCUUUGCUCACAAGUUACUGCUAUCUGCUAAAUUUAAAUUAUUUAUGGUAAUAUUAUUUGGCAUAGUUAGUAUUUGUAUGUCAAAAUUGUAUCGGUAUCCAUUCCUAUCUGUUUGAUUUUGAUAAGAGUUCCGAACGAAUUUAGGCCCUACGGUACUAAUUUGCUAAUUUCCGUUCAAGGUCUAGUAAAAACCUAUUUGAUCAGCAGAAAUUAAAAGAGGGAUCCUACUGUUAAAUUUUAAUUAAUGAGUUGAGCUUUUUUCAUAAGAAUUAUAAUGAGUCAGUUCCACAGUUAUAUUAUUGGACGUUUUCGUUGAAAAAAGAACAUCAUCAAACUUGGAUUUUGCAUUUUUGAUAUUGCCUGGUGUAUGGAUUGAAGUAUGGAUUCAGAAUCUGUUCUUCUUUCUUUUAAGAGUAAAUUUUAGCAUCACUGAGUGAAAGAAAUUUUUCAUUUCAUCAUCGUCUCACAAAGAGCCACUGAGGAUUACGCAAGAUGGCACCUCUGAUUGAUGAUGACACAUUGGGUUUUGGUGAAGAGGAGAACGCCGGUAAACUUACGCACCCAUAUGUAACGUUCUUCCACCUGUUUUUCCGAGGCACUGCUCUCGUCAUGUACUUGCUGUGUGGAUGGUUCAGUAAGAGUUUCAUCACCAGUUUUGUCAUUAUUGUUUUGCUAUUAUCUAUGGACUUUUGGACUGUCAAGAAUAUUACAGGACGGCUGAUGGUGGGACUAAGAUGGUGGAACUAUGUUGAUGAUGAUGGAGCAUCACAUUGGGUUUUUGAGUCUAGAAAGGGGGACGCUCAGAACCGUAUCAACGCCAGUGAGGCGAGGAUAUUCUGGACAGCGCUCAUAGCUGUGCCAGCUGUCUGGGCUUUUAUCUUCCUGACGGCGCUCUUCACGUUCAACUUUAAAUGGCUGUUGCUUGUGAGCAUCGCACUGACUCUCACGGGUGCCAACCUCUACGGGUACAUGAAGUGUAAGAUGGGUGUCAGCGAUCAGAAGUUAACCUCAACUGUUAACGAGUUCUUCAGGAAACAAGUCCUGCAAAAUAUGGCGUCAAUGAUGACGAGGGCAGCUGCUCCUACGAGUCCUCCUACCACUGCUGGAUCUCCCACUAAUGUCGUUUGAGCAUAACCUAGCAAUCUAACCUAAACAACUUGUCUGCGUCCGUAUUAUAUUUAUCUUGUUUACCUACAAGGAGUAUGUUUACACGUUUAAGAGACUGCUCUUGCCAUUUUGCUUGUGAUAAGUAGUUUGAUUGCUAAUAAUUGCAUAAUCACUCUACACUCUGAAAGUUAUUUUUGAGAUGGGUGAAAAUAAAAGACUUUGUUGUGCAUUUUGUUGAGAUGUGUAAUGUGAUUGUUGACUUUUUAAAACAUAUGUUUUAGAGGUUUUAGGUUUUGGAGCAUAUUUUUUUAAACAUUUAAAAUAUUUAAAUUAAUCAAAUUUGGUUGUUGUGAUGUAAACUUUGAAUGUGGUUGGAAUCUUUGAUAGUAUUAUUAUAAGAGUUGAAUCAUGCAUAGUGUUUGGAAUUUUCUACGUAUAUGUGAUGGUUUAAUAACAUGCUUUCAUAAUCGUUAAAGCAUUGUUCUGAUGUAACUUGUUUAUGCUUAAAUCUAAGAUGAGGUAGUAAAAUUACACUCAUAGUAAACAACUUAACAUGGUAAAAGUUAAAAACAAAAACAAAAAAAUUAGUUCUGUAAGCUUUUAUAAUUCUAGUAAUGUUCUCUUCAAUAGAAAACAUUUUUUCCAUCUAAAAAAAAUCAUACAAUUUAUGAGUCAGUAGUAUCACUACUAGUUUAUCAGAAUUUUUUUCUCUUCACUCUCUGUAAGAUUUUUUAAGAAAAAAUAUCAUUGAAAAAUAAAACAUACGUUACUUUUUUAUGUCAAGUUAAUUAUUUUGCAUUCAAGUUCUGUAAUUUUGUUAUUGGACAGAGUUGGACACAGUUCAACAAAAAAAGUUAGGUAAAUUUAAUAAAAAAGUAAUUUCUAUUAAAAUUUUAAACUUCUCAGUACUAACAGAAGUGCACAAUGCAUCAGUUAAGAAUCGUCUACGAAAUAAACAUAAUCAAAUCACAUUGCAUUACUCCAAUUUUUGUACAGUAAAAUAGUCAAUCACAGUAAACACGGAUAAUCAGCUUAAUUUUGCAAAUAGACUGGGACGGUGGCGUCGUCCUGUAAUUCAGCUACUAGAAGGUCACGAAUUGUGGAUAUUUAUAGGGAUGCACUGUGGAUGCGAUGCUCCCUGGUGUGGAUUACCGUCCGCACUUGUGAGUACUACGACUAUCUGCAGUACUAUCCUAAUAAUUAGACCAAUUCGUUAAUUACAAGCAAAAAAUGUAGUUAUUAUUCCAUUAUAAACUGUAGGUCCCUUGGUUGCGAUUGGCUGUAUGGGCUAUUAAUUAUCAGCUGUGUCUAAGGAACAUGUCGGCCUUUGUCACUAAUUGUUAGUAACAAGACUACAAGAUCGCGCCACUCAUCCUACACUCAUCCUUCAAUCAUAUUUGGGUUAAAAUACGCACAUAGUGGCGUCCCCAUGUUAAAUAAUUGAUAUAAUUGAAUAGGGAUGUAAAUUAAUUUAUAGACGUAUAAUAUGAACCCAUGAAGGGAGUAUAAUAUAGUUCCUGUACUACGAUUUAACCCUCUGUUUUGAUUAACUUGUAAAAAAGUCAAGGAUUUAUUUACAUAGAGCACAAAGGUCUAGGUUUUAGGAUUUGUUGUGAGGAUAACAGGCUUACCUGAAUGGGAACUAGUCCUAACUGGCUCAAGAGACACAAAAAUGUACACUAAAUGUUAAAAAAAAAAUCAGAAUAUUUCACCGUCACUGACAGCAUUUGAGUUGUUCAGACAUCUAUUCAUGUAAGCCUGCUAUCCUCACAAAAAAUCCUUGUAAAUAUGUGUUUAGAUACAUAAUAAUUAUUUAUUCAAUAUCCUUUUCCUGAAUGUCUACUAUUUAGAUUGGCACUUAAGAGUUCUAAUUUCUCCUACCUUUUAUGGAGUUUUCUAACUCAUGUUUGUUUUACUUUUGGAUCACUGAUAAAUAUUGAAUAUAGUAUACCUGUUUAUGGUUAAUCUACAGAAUGUACUCAGCAACCAUCCUCAGGCUGUACCCAAGUAUCACAAGGUGUGUAUCUUUAUGGUUUGCAGUUUUUACUGAGCGUUUGUUUUGUAUUUGUGUGUAUUGUAUAGUGAUGUACUAUUUUGGGGUUUGAGGAAACUUACAGGAACCAGCUGGAGAUGAAAACGUAUACUUUUGGACACUUUUAUCAUCAAACUGUUACUUAGUGCAAUUUGUAAAUUAUUAUAAGCACAAUGAUAUUUACUUACACCAUUUUCAAUUUUUUCAUAUUCAACUCCCCAAAUACCAACCUUAAUCCAAAAACCCUUGCAUGUUCUGAUAACACCACAUUCCAUGUAUAUAAUGAUGUAAUUUUAAUGUACAAAAUACAUAAUGUAUGUUUCCCA